UAGGAAGUGGAGUGUUUAUUCUUUAAAGGUAGUUUAAACCCUAGUUUUCCUGUCUAGGUUAGUUUUUCCUGUUCUCGUUGCAUAUAUUUUUAGUGACCUGCUACUGGUAAUGGCUGUUCUUACGUAUUUUGAAAACUUUUGCUUCUGAGUAAAUAAUGAGUGGGUGAUAAUAGGUAUUAUCCUGCUACCUUUUCUGCUUUUUUCUUUUCUGUACUAUUCCAUCAAACAUUUUUUAGAAGGCAGGCAUAAGCCUUUUGUACCUCAUCUUAAGAAGGGGUGGAGUAUAGUUCAUUGAUGGCUGCUGAUUGUGGACUGAUGCUUCACAUGGGACUCAGAAGUUGUGCUCCCGGAAUCUAGUACAUAUGGCUGCCUGCUGUUUCCCGGGGAGAUCAUGAAACGAGGUCGCCUUCCCAGCAGCAGUGAGGAUUCUGACGACAAUGGCAGCCUCUCAACUACUUGGUCACAGAAUUCCCGAUCCCAGCACAGGAGAGGCUCGUGCUCCAGACCUGAAGAUCGAAAACCUUCCGAGGUGUUUAGGACAGACCUGAUCACCGCUAUGAAGUUGCAUGACUCCUAUCAGCUGAACCCAGAUGAGUACUAUGUGUUGGCAGAUCCCUGGAGACAGGAGUGGGAGAAAGGGGUCCAGGUGCCCGUGAGCCCCGGGACCAUCCCUCAGCCUGUGGCCAGGGUCGUGUCUGAAGAGAAAUCCCUCAUGUUCAUCAGGCCCAAGAAAUACAUUGUGUCACCGGGCUCCGAGCCUCCAGAGUUGGGCUAUGUUGAUAUCCGGACGCUGGCCGACAGUGUGUGUCGUUACGACCUCAAUGACAUGGACGCCGCAUGGCUGGAACUGACCAACGAGGAAUUUAAGGAGAUGGGAAUGCCUGAAUUAGAUGAAUACACCAUGGAAAGGGUCCUGGAGGAAUUCGAACAGCGAUGCUAUGACAAUAUGAAUCAUGCUAUAGAGACUGAAGAAGGCCUGGGGAUUGAAUAUGAUGAAGAUGUUGUCUGUGAUGUCUGCCAGUCACCUGACGGUGAGGACGGCAAUGAGAUGGUGUUCUGUGACAAAUGCAACAUCUGUGUGCACCAGGCCUGUUACGGAAUCCUCAAGGUCCCAGAGGGCAGUUGGCUCUGCCGGACGUGUGCCCUGGGGGUUCAGCCAAAGUGUUUGCUGUGUCCCAAGAAAGGCGGAGCAAUGAAGCCUACCCGCAGUGGCACCAAAUGGGUCCAUGUGAGCUGUGCUCUGUGGAUCCCUGAGGUGAGCAUUGGCAGCCCCGAGAAAAUGGAACCCAUCACGAAGGUGUCUCACAUCCCCAGCAGUCGGUGGGCGCUGGUGUGUAGCCUCUGCAAUGAGAAGUUUGGGGCCUCCAUACAGUGCUCUGUAAAGAAUUGCCGCACGGCCUUCCAUGUGACCUGUGCUUUCGACCGGGGCCUGGAGAUGAAGACCAUCUUGGCGGAGAACGAUGAAGUCAAGUUCAAGUCGUACUGCCCGAAGCACAGCUCACAUAGAAAACCCGAGGAGAGCCUCGGUGAGGGGGCCACGCAGGAGAAUGGGGCUUCUGAGUGUUCCCCUCGGAAUCCGCUGGAGCCUUUUGCCAGCCUUGAGCAGAAUCAAGAGGAGGCCCACCGGGUGAGUGUCCGCAAGCAGAAGCUGCAACAGCUGGAAGAUGAGUUCUACACCUUCGUCAACCUGCUGGAUGUUGCCAGGGCCCUGCGGCUGCCCGAGGAAGUUGUGGAUUUCCUGUACCAGUACUGGAAGUUGAAGAGGAAGGUCAACUUCAACAAGCCCUUGAUCACUCCAAAGAAAGACGAAGAGGACAAUCUAGCGAAGCGGGAGCAGGAUGUCUUGUUUAGGAGGCUGCAGCUGUUCACUCAUCUGCGGCAGGACCUGGAGAGGGUUCGGAACCUCACUUACAUGGUGACCCGCAGGGAAAAGAUUAAGCGGUCUGUGUGCAAAGUCCAGGAACAGAUAUUCAAUCUUUACACUAAGCUCUUGGAGCAAGAAAGAGUUUCAGGUGUGCCUUCUUCCUCCUCCUCCUCCUCCUCACUGGAAAACAUACUUUUGUUUAACAGCCCUUCUGUGGGCCCUGAUGCUCCCAAGAUAGAGGACUUGAAGUGGCAUUCUGCGUUCUUCAGGAAGCAAAUGGGUACUUCCUUGGUUCAUUCGCUGAAAAAGCCCCAUAAGCAAGAUCCACUGCAGAACAGCACUGGGAGCGGAAGCAAAACCCUGCUGAAGCAGCCGGACCUGUGUGGGCGAAGGGAGGGGAUGGUGGUCCCAGAGAGCUUUUUGAGUUUUGAAAAGACCUUUGCAGAAGCACGUCUCAUAUCAGCACAACAGAAAAACGGGGUGGUGACACCAGACCAUGGGGACAGAAGAGACCAUCGUUUUCAUUGUGAUCUCAGUAAGGGAGACUUAAAGGACAGACCUUGUAAACAGAGUCACAAGCCUCUCAGGUCCACAGACGUGUCCCAGAGGCACCUGGACAACACCAGAGCUGCCGCCUCCCCGGGAGUGGGGCAGUCAGCACCUGGCACGAGGAAGGAGAUGGUGCCCAAGUGCAACGGCUCCCUCAUCAAAGUAAACUAUAACCAGACUGCAGUCAAAGUGCCUACAACGCCUGCCAGCCCAGUGAAAAACUGGGGAGGAUUCCGGAUUCCAAAGAAGGGGGAACGGCAGCAGCAGGGAGAGGCCCACGAGGGGGCCUGCCACCAGCACUCAGACUACCCCUAUUUGGGCUUAGGCCGAGUUCCAGCCAAGGAGAGGGCAAAAAACAAAUUAAAAUCUGACAAUGAGAAUGACGGGUAUGUCCCUGACGUAGAGAUGAGUGACUCAGAGAGUGAGGCAGCGGAAAAGAAAUGCAUACAUGCCAGCAGCACCAUCAGCCGGAGGACAGACAUCAUCAGGAGAAGCAUUCUGGCCUCUUGAUGAACCUGCGAUGGCGUGGGAGCGCUGCGGGCUUGUCGGGGAGUUGCUGCACCGGAGCUCUGGCGUGGGGACGAGCAGAACCCCAUCACUCCUGAGCUACACAAACACAUUUACUUGCAAGUCACAGUGAAUUUGUUUUUCAGAGUCAUUUAUAAAUCAUUGUGAGAAGUGUGUUAUCUGCAACUUGUUGAGGAAACACAAGAGCAGACAGAUCGUAACCGUCAGACACUAAGACUAGAGGCUGAAUUAAACACUACAAUAAGAAUGAAUGAAAUAAGUCUUUAAAGAGGGCAAGGCUUACGGAAGCCUCCCGAGUUUGUAUUGCCCUCUGUAUUCUUCCCAAAGCACAAACUCUUGGUUACCUGAAUAUGCGGAAUCAGAUGCAGUUCUUGAGAAACCCUCACGUACCAUUUACCAGCCCAUAAACUUACUUUCUAGGACUGUGGUAGAUGUCGAAGUCAUAUUUAUACUUGGCCCACAAGGCUGUUUUUGGUGCAUUGUAGUUCCAGGCAGCAGCUCCCGAAGCUUCAGUAACUCUAGGGAAUUCAUGUGUAAAUUAGAACAGCAGAUGGGGAAGAGAGAAUUUAAAAAAAAAGGUCAGUACUGGAAGGGGCAGGACGGAGCUGCUGCAGCUUGCGGAUUGAGGGUAAAGUAUUGAGGGUAAACGUAGCGAGGUCCCAUGGCCUGAAGCACUUGAGUGUGUGCUGGGUAUGGGACUGGUGGAGAGUGAAGCCAUUAGAAAGUUCUGUGAGAAAGGGCAGUUUUUUACCAGUCCUCUUGACCCGUUUUUACCAGUCCUCUUGACCUUCCUCUUCCCUAACCACUGCCUUUUGGGCCAGCUUGGGAUCUCCCUGGCCUUUGGCAAUACCUGGCCAUCUGGCUUCCAACAAUACUAAUGGCUAUUCAAGUUCAAGCGAUGAACUUCCAGACUCUGGUGACAUACUUUCCAGAGCCAACCACUAGUGCAUAUGUUGGGGAAUCUGGGCUUCCUACAUGAACGGAUUCCUUAAGAAAAAGGAAAAGAAAAAAAAAAAAACAAAAUAGGUUAUAUUUUAAAAA